CGGCGAGCACUCAAAGGUAUCCGACUUCGGCACCCCAACUCCUCCUUCCAAACAACAAAAAUGGCUGACGACGAAGUUGCGGCGCUUGUGGUUGACAACGGCUCCGGCAUGUGCAAGGCGGGCUUCGCGGGCGACGACGCCCCGCGCGCGGUCUUCCCCUCCAUCAUCGGCCGCCCGCGCCAGCCCGGCGUGAUGGUCGGCAUGGGCCAGAAGGACUCGUACGUCGGCGACGAGGCGCAGUCCAAGCGUGGCAUCCUCACGCUCAAGUACCCGAUCGAGCACGGCAUCGUCACGAACUGGGACGACAUGGAGAAGAUCUGGCACCACACCUUCUACAACGAGCUGCGCGUGGCACCCGAGGAGCACCCGGUCCUGCUGACCGAGGCGCCGCUCAACCCCAAGGCCAACCGCGAGAAGAUGACGCAGAUCAUGUUUGAGACCUUCAACGUGCCCGCCAUGUACGUCGCCAUCCAGGCCGUCCUCUCGCUGUACGCGUCGGGCCGCACGACCGGCAUCGUGAUGGACUCGGGCGACGGCGUCUCGCACACCGUGCCCAUCUACGAGGGCUACGCGCUGCCGCACGCCAUCCUCCGCCUCGACCUCGCCGGCCGCGACCUGACCGACUGGAUGGUCAAGCUGCUGACCGAGCGCGGCUACUCCUUCACCACCACCGCCGAGCGCGAGAUCGUGCGCGACAUCAAGGAGAAGCUGGCGUACGUGGCGCUCGACUUUGACCAGGAGAUGCAGACCGCCGCCUCCUCCUCCUCGCUCGAGAAGUCGUACGAGCUGCCCGACGGCCAGGUCAUCACCAUCGGCAACGAGCGCUUCCGCUGCCCCGAGGCGCUCUUCCAGCCCUCCUUCCUGGGGAUGGAGUCGGCGGGCGUGCACGAGACGACGUACAACUCGAUCAUGAAGUGCGACGUCGACAUCCGCAAGGACCUCUACGCCAACGUCGUCCUCUCGGGCGGCACCACCAUGUACGCCGGCAUCGCCGACCGCAUGUCCAAGGAGAUCACCGCCCUCGCGCCCGCGUCGAUGAAGGUCAAGAUCAUCGCGCCGCCCGAGCGCAAAUACUCGGUCUGGAUCGGCGGCUCCAUCCUCUCGUCGCUCUCCACCUUCCAGCAGAUGUGGAUCUCCAAGCAGGAGUACGACGAGUCGGGCCCGUCCAUCGUGCACCGCAAGUGCUUCUGAGCUGUGACGAAAUAGAGGGGGGGGGUGCGGUAAGACGCGCGCUCGGCUUGCGCCACGAGCAUCGCCAUCGGGGCGCAGGGCGGCGGGGCGGGGCGCUGGGCGGCUCGCGCGCGCAAUGUAUCUUACAGUGGUUUCUGUGAACUAUGAUCGCAGCAUGUUUCGCGUUUCGAGCUUCGACUCCGAGAGCUGUC